AUGAAAGAAGCAUCGCAAGGACUUCACACGCAGCUUGCCGAUUUGGCCUAUCAAGCAGAACAUGUAAUUGACUUGGUUUUGGGAGAUGAAAAGACAGUGGUGCAACACUCCCUUUGGCUUUUUCAUCUAGCAAAAUCAAUUAGGCGUAUCAAAAUGCAGCUUGCAGAUAUAGACGGUAACAGCGCAUGCAGUGAUGGAGUUGACAAUUCCCCCAAAGGGUUCAUCCCUAAUAUGUCAUACAUCCCUUCCACCAGUAUUGAUGAAGUUAUGGUUGGCCUCAAAGAUCAGAAAGAAGAAAUAAUUUGCUUACUUACUAGAGGCUCCCAUCAGCGAGAUAUUAUCUCUAUCGUUGGAAUGCCAGGUAUUGGGAAAACCACUUUCGCCGAUAACGUGGUAAAGAGUCCAAGUGUCAUGUAUCACUUCCCUAUUCGUGCAAGGUGUUGCGUGUCUCAAACAUACAAAAAGAGAGAUUUGUUGCUUGAUGUUUUAAGCCACAUUAUAACUGUUGAGAGCAACACAUAUGCAAUGAGUGAUUCAGAUUUGGAGCAGCUCUUGUAUAGAAAAUUGAAGGGCCAAAGGUACCUCAUAAUUAUGGACGACAUGUGGAGCACUAAAGCUUGGGAUGAUUUGAAGCUCUCAUUUCCUGAUGACAAGAAUGGCAGUAGAAUUUUGAUAACAAGCCGUCUCCGGGAUGUGGUUUCGAGAAUCAGCCAUCCUUAUCCUCUUCCUGCACUCUCCAAGGAAGAAAGUUGGGAGUUUUUGAAGUUAAAACUAUUUGGGAAAGAAGAGUGUCCUCAGGAACUUGUGGAAAUUGGACAGCAAAUUGCUGAAAGCUGCCAUGGAUUACCCCUUGCAAUAGGUGCGAUAGCUGGUUUUCUUGAUAGGAACUGUGGGAAGAGCAAAGACUUGUGGAAGCAAACUGCUGAAAGCGUAAGCUCAACGAUCAUUAAUGAUCCUGAAACUAAGUGCAAGAAAAUAUUAGAACUGAGUUAUGAUCACUUACCAGAUUUUCUGAAAGCCUGCUUGCUAUAUAUUGGAGCAUUUCCAGAGGACAAGGACGUUCCAGUUUGGAGAUUACAGUGGUUAUGGAUCGCUGAAGGCUUUGUUUGUGAACCAGAAUCUGGAGAUUUAGAAGAUGUUGCUGAGAAAUACCUGAUGGAUCUAACUGGUAGAAGCCUGGUAAUAGUAGCCAAGAGAGGAUCAAAUGGCAAGGUCAAAGCAUGCCGAGUUCACGAUUUAGUACAUGAUUUGUGCUUGUUGAAAGCUGAAGAAGAAAGAUUCUUGCUUCCUAUAUCUGCUAAUGAUAAACCCUAUUCUUCAUUUGAGGCCUUGGAUUAUGGUGUUCUAUAUGAGCAUUUCAACACCUCCAAUUCCAUAUCAUACGAACAGUAUCGGUUGUCCUUCUGUGUGGACCGAGAACAGUUUGUUUUGUCAAGGCCUUGUGGCCCCUUUGUCCGAUCUCUGAUAUUCUCUGCAGCCACUGAUAUGUCUCCAAGUUGCUCUUACGAUGUCUCCUUCAUUUCGAGCAACUUCGAACGUCUUAGAGUGUUGGAUUUGGAACACAUCAACAUGGGUAGUUCAUUCAUAAAUGGAAUAGAACUGCUCAUUGAUUUGAAGUACUUAGCGAUUUGUGGUGAUAUAGAGUCUAUUCCACCAUCUUUGUCCAAGCUACAGAAUCUGGAAAUUCUGUUGGUGAAGGGUUUGAAGAAGAAAGUCGCGCUACCAGAUACCAUUUGGAGAAUGGAAAAGCUCAGGCAUGUUCAUGUAAGUAAUCAUGCUAUCUUUACUUUGCCUAAUGCUGAGAAGGGAAAGUCGUCCUUUCAGUUGAAUAGGUUGGUAACACUUUCUUUGCCUUACUUUUCACUGGGGGAGAAAACGAAUGAGACGAUCAUCAAGUUCCUCAAUCUUAGAAGACUGAAAUGUGUGUUUUCUGAACCAAGAGAUUUUUCCGAGAACUUCUGCUGGGCUUCUGAGUUAAAAUCUCUGAGCCAGUUGCAGGCACUGAAGAUAUCAUACUAUGGAAAGGGUCUCAACAGUGAUGAAUGGAACUUGCCAUCUGGUUUGAAAGAGUUAACUCUUUCAAAAUUCCGUCUGUCCCGGGAUCAUCUCUCCGAAAUAGGGAGGUUACAGAAUCUGGAGGUCCUCAAACUGAUUUCUUGUGCCUUUGAGGAGCCCAGUUGGGAGAUGUCAGAAGGGGAGUUCCCCAGUCUUAAGUUCUUGGAGUUGAAGAACCUAAACAUUAUUCACUGGGAUGCUUCCAGUGAUCACUUGCCUCAACUGCAGCAGCUCGUGUUGCGGAACUGCCAACAACUGGAUGAAGUUCCUUUAGACUUGGUCAGUAUUCCCACAUUGACGAGAAUUGAAAUUCAGUCAUGUGGAGAUUCUGUUGAAGCGUCUGUUAGAGAAAUCGAGGAGCAAGGAAUCGAGGGGAUCAACAUUGUUAUUCAUAAUUCACAUUUUGGAUGA